AUGGUGGUCGAAUGUUGCAUCAAGCUUGACGUCGAGCUCCAGAACGAGUUGGAUGACUUGGAUGACGAUUGCAUAGAGAGUCUUAUCGAUGGCUCCGACGACGAGAUAGAUGAUGACCUUGCUGAGGGAGAUGACGACGAAGAUGACCAAAUGGUCGAGGAGGUCUAUACUGUUUCAUCCACCAAGAAUAUCCGUAAAUUGGUUUACAAGCUCGACUCGAUCAUGGAGUUGCUCAUCAAGGCAACCUCCUACUCUUUCACUUCCGAGGAGUUGAGCUCCGGAAAUGGUGUCGAUCUUUUCAACACCCUCACUUCAUUAUUCAAAUCACACAUCUUACCUACACAUUUCACCAAGUCCAUUCAGUUCUUGUUGUUUCGUGUGUCUCAAUACCAGCCUGAGUUGGCUGACUCUUUCUUGGUUCUUCUCAUCGACAUUGCCUUCAACCCAUUGGAAAUUGUCGAAAAAAGACUCAAGGCCAUGCAAUACUUAUCGUCAUACAUUGCAAGAGCAAAAAACCUCACAAAGCACCAGGUUGUGUUCAUUGUUAGUUACUUGAUCGGCUGGAUCACCAAGUACAUCGACGAACGUGAGCUGGAAGUUCAUGACAUAACACACUCGACCUCUUCAUCUGCUGGUGGUAUGGAGAGAUUCAAGUUGUUUUAUGCUGCAUUCCAAGCCUUGUUAUACAUUUUCUGUUUCAGGCAUCAAGACCUUACUCGCUCGGUGGAGGAUCUUAGGGCCGGUGACAGCCAAUGGGAAUGCACCUUGGACAAGUUUUUCCAAAGGGCAAUCAUUGCAAAAUUCAAUCCUUUGAAGUAUUGUGAUGAGACCGUUGUGUUCAUCUUCGCCAAACUUGCCACGAAAUUGAAUGUCUGUUACUGCUACUCUAUCAUUGAGCACAACAAGAGAGAAAGAAUGACUCAAGGCAAUUUGAACUUGCCAACAUCUUAUGGUAAUUUCAGACAUAAACAAGAAUUCUUGGAUCUCGAAGCCUACUUUCCUUUUGACCCAAUGGUUUUGCCCAACUGUAAGAAGAUCAUCAAGGAAAACUACAUCGAAUGGAGAGAGGUCAAUCCGACCAGUGAAGAUGACGAUGAUGAAGAUGAAAGCGGAAGUCACAGCGAUGAGGAAGAUGAUGACGAUAAUGAUGAAGACAUGGAAGAUGGUGAACUCGAUAGUGCUGCGGAAGAUAGCGAAGAUGGAUUAUCUAGUGAUGAUGACGAUGACGAAUAG